AUGUGGCAGAGGCGUUGCAAAGUUCCUGCGGCUACACUGUUUAAGUAUCUAAAAGAUAUUGGGGAUGGCUCAAUCGCCAAAGAAACCCCAGAUUGCAGUGUUACCAAAUACCUUCACGAUCCGACUAAGCAUCUAAUUUCAACCACAGAUUUCUUCUAUCCAUUAGUUGAAGAUCCUUAUAUGUAAGGUCGAAUCGCUUGCUGUAAUACCUUGAGUGAUAUUUAUGCUAUGGGUAUUGACAGGGUUGAUCAUAUGCUAAUGAUCUUAGGAGUCUCUCUUUAAAUGUAAGAAGAGCAAAGAGAAAUAGUAACAAGAGAAAUGAUUAGGGGAUUUAAUGAUUGUGCUACAGAGGCGAAGACUAUAAUCACUGGUGGUCAAAGUAUUAUGAAUCCUUGGCCAAUAAUUGGAGGUGUUGCAAAUGUAGUUUGUGAUGAGAAUGAAUAUACUCUCCCAAGAAAUGGUCAGGAGGGAGAUGUGAUUGUAUUGACAAAACCCUUAGGAACCUAAGUUGCAGUAAAUCUCAAUGAAUGGAGGCUCAAACCUGGCAAUGAGAGAUGGUAGAAGUCCAAGUAAUUUGUAACUGAGCAAGAGGCGAUAAAUGCAUAUUAGUUAUCGAUGGAAUCGAUGGCUCAUCUUAACAUAAAUAGUGCAAAACUCAUGAAGAAGUAUAAGUGUCAUGGCGCUACAGACAUUACAGGUUUUGGACUCUUAGGUCAUGCUCAAAAUCUCGCCACUGCCUAAUUACUUUAAGGCUACUCAGCAGAAACAAGUGGUGGAAUAUUCUGCAUGCUAGAUAAAAAUUUAGCUAAAGAUUUUAUGAAGGAACAUAAAGAGGUAUAUGGUUAAGAUUGUUGGGAAGUAGGUUAAGUCGUUAAAGGUAGUAAAAAGGCUACUAUAAGAGAAGACAUUGAUAUUAUCCAGAUAAAGGAGUCUUUCAUCAGAGAUUGA